UUUGGACGUUCGAGAUGAUCAUUAGUAUUCGUUUUAUCAUCUCAGUCGACAAUCGAUAUGUUCAUCAUAUAUUCUGAUGGUAACCCGAUAGAAUCAACUAUCUUAUUCAUAUAUAAAUCAACUCGAAGGCUUCAAGUUUCAUUUCGUUUUUUACUGUUUUCUUUAUCGAUUAUUUCAUCUAUUUGAUUAUCGUAAUAAUCAAAUACGAUAAUUGUCAUCUUACCUGAUCAAUUGUCUAGAAAUGAAGGAAACUGAUUAAUAAAUCACAAGGACUUGAACGAAAAUGGCAACAAUUAAAAUGGUUAAAUUGUUGAUUAACCCGAACCAUGUAAACGAUAUUCUCAACUUAAUUGAUCAAAAUCGAUAUCGAAAAGGUAACUUUUAAAAGCUAAUUGGAAAUAUAUUCUGAGGGAAAAAAGUUCCAACUCCAAGUAGAAAUUAUCGAUUGAAUUUCUUUUCAUUAAAGUUGAUUCUCUAAUAAUGAAAGAAGAAAUUAUUUUAUUUGAAAAAUUGUUCGAAAUGUUUAAAAAACGAAAAUAACUUUUGGCCUGAUAAUUGAACCUCCAUGCUAAUCAUACAUUAGAAAUACAUAAUCAAUAAGGUGAUCAAUCAAUCAUUACCUGUUGUUAUUUAAAUAUUCCUAUUGACAUUAUCAUCCUUAUCAUCAUGAUUGUCAUCAUCAAUUGUUAUCAAAUGAUUUUAUUAUUAUUAUGAAUACAUGGUUACCAUGAAUUAAGAGGGAGUUGAUAUUUAUCAUGUUGAACUUGAGUAGAUGAAAAAAUCGUUUCAUAUUUUUUAAGUAACUUGUGGAUCUAUUGUUGGAAUCAGAUUGAUUUUCAGCGAUGUUUUUGAUUUAGUUGUUAAUUGUUGAUGAAUAUUAAUACUAUUAAUGGCACUGGAAACGUUUGAAAUUGAAGGGGGACGACGAACCCAAGAUUCUGAUCAUGGUGAUUAUACUCAUAAUGAAGAGGCUCAUGGUACCUGUGCGAAUAUAUUAACUAUAUUGUCCAUUGUAUUUGCCGCUCUAACUUUACCUUUGUCGCUAUUUUUUUGUAUCAAAGUGGUCCAAGAGUACGAACGGGCUGUAAUAUUCAGAUUGGGACGAUUACUAAAUGGAGGAGCUAAAGGUCCAGGCAUUUUUGUAAUUCUACCCUGUAUCGAAAAUUACACCAAAGUGGACCUUCGAACGUUAACUUUUGAUGUUCCGCCACAAGAAGUGUUGACCAAAGAUUCGGUUACCGUUUCGGUUGACGCUGUGGUCUAUUAUCGUGUCCAUAAUGCAACAAUAUCGAUCGCCAAUGUUGAAAAUGCUCACCAUUCAACUCGACUUUUGGCUCAAACAACGCUACGAAAUAUUUUGGGAACUCAUAAUCUCCAUGAGAUACUUUCAGAUCGAGAAUCAAUUUCAACCUCAAUGCAGUCAGUUCUAGAUGAAGCUACUGAACGUUGGGGAAUCAAAGUUGAACGAACAGAAAUAAAGGAUGUUCGUCUACCAGUACAAUUACAAAGAGCCAUGGCAGCCGAGGCUGAAGCUGCUCGUGAGGCUCGAGCCAAGGUAAUCGCUGCUGAAGGUGAACAAAAAGCAUCUCGAGCUUUAAAAGAAGCGGCUGAGGUAAUUGCUCAAUCACCGGCGGCGAUUCAACUUCGAUAUCUUCAAACUCUCAACACUAUUUCGGGAAAAAAUUCAACCAUAAUAUUCCCACUGCCGAUUGACCUACUUGCUAAAUUUGCAUCGAAAUGACCACCAAAUCAAUUGUCCACUAUAAACUAAUUUUCUCUAAAUGGUCCAAAUAAAAAGGGUUAAUUGUUUACCAAUCAAUAGUCUAACGAUUUGAUUGUCAACAGUUUCAAUUAACUUUUCUCACAUUUUUGGUCAUUCUAAUUUAUUUAAUUGCUCGAAUCGAUUCAAUUUUCCAUUCUCUCCUAACCAGCAAUGUCUUUCAACAAUUAACACUUUCAAUUCAACAUUUGAAUUACAAUCAACUAAUUGCUUAGAUAACUUUUAACCUUCAACUAGAAUUAUAUUGAAAUCAUAAUCCAAAUAUUAGAUUAUUAAUUGUUUCAUUAGAAAAUAAAAUUUCAACGUCAAA